AGUAGUAGCUCAAACAUUCCACCCGUCAUGUACCGGUAGGUCUAAUUUAUUAUUGUGGAUAAUUCAUCUACUGCCAUUGAUGUUGAUGUCGGUAUUUUGAUUAUUCCAAAAUUAUUUACACGCUUUUAUUUGGUUUUCCGUUGCUCAUUAACAAUGACUAUGGAGAGGGGCCACUGAUAUAUGUGAAAUUCAAUAUGAGAUGCGGGAUUACUGUUAGGUAACCUCACUGUUACAUCCAACAAUUAUCCAAAUUUUAUCAUUGGAAAAUGUAUAAGUAAAGCACAAAUUCUAAUUCAGUACCAUUUCAUUUGGUAUUCGGUAAUAUGAACGUUACGCUGAAGUGUUCCUUGUUUACAUUAGUAAGCUUUUUUCUAAGCUUUGCUCUACAGUGCACCAACAUUGGCUAUCCCUUCGAAAAUCACUUGGGCACUAAGACUCCAUAUAGAAUUGUCUCCAACAAAAGCUUCGAGAAGGUCGAAUUUGAAGGAUGCACUCCAAGAAAAAUUUGGAUGAUGGUUAGACAUGGAACAAGAAAUCCAAAAAUAUCAUUGAUAGAGAAAAUUAAAAUACGUCUACCAGAGAUAAAACGACUGAUUGUUGAGAACGUUGAAUUACCAAAUGAUUUCAUUAGGAAUAGAGAUUUGGAUCUGUUUCGAAAAUGGAAAAACGGGCUGGACCAUGAUGACAAGAAAAAGUUAACUCACGAAGGAGAAGAAGAGAUGCUUUUGUUGGCUGAAAGAAUGCAAAAUAGGUUCCCACAGCUGUUUGAUAAUGUGUACAGUAAUACUUCCUACAAGGUAAUAUCUGAACUAAUAAAUUAA